UUGGGACACACUCCAUAACUGAAGAGCCAAGAUUAUUGUCCUUUAAUUCACUCCAAAAGCUUUGACCCUCACCCGUCAGCAGCCAUAGUUGAUUACUGAUUAAUUAAUUGUUUAAUCAACAAUUAACGUCAUCUUUAUAUUUCAACUCUCCGCCUCGUUUCAUUAAUUUUCUUGUGCUCUUUUCUACUAUCGAAGCUCUUUGCUUGAUCCGAUCAUGGCUCAUUCUGCUGUUUCUCAAGUCCCAGUUGCGGUCUCCGUCAAUAACGAUGUUUCUCUUCGUAAAUUCGCGUUCAAGAGCAAUCAUGUCUCUUUUCAUGAAAAAUCAUGGACCUCUAGUCUGUCUUUGGACUUCAGAGUCGCGAGCUCUCAGUCGAGGGGUCGACCUGUGGUUUGCAUGUCGGUGCAACAAGCCAGUAAACCUAAGGUGGCAGUUUCACCUUUGAGCUUGGAAGAUGCAAAAGAGCCGCCUCUCCAUUUGUUCAAGAACAAAGAGCCCUAUACCGGAACCAUUGUCUCCGUUGAAAGGCUCGUUGGUCAGAAUGCUCCUGGAGAGACGUGUCACAUUGUCAUCGACCAUGGUGGCAAAGUUCCCUACUGGGAAGGACAGAGUUACGGAAUCAUUCCUCCUGGUGAGAAUCCUAAAAAGCCCGGUAAUCCACACAAUGUACGGUUGUAUUCAAUAGCGUCUACCAGAUAUGGUGACUCGUUUGAUAGCAAGACAGCGAGUUUUUGUGUUCGACGUGCAGUCUAUUAUGAUCCUGAGACUGGAAAAGAAGAUCCCUCGAAGAACGGAGUUUGCAGCAACUUCUUAUGUGAUUCAAAGCCCGGCGACAAGGUUCAGAUCACAGGUCCUUCCGGUAAGAUAAUGCUCCUCCCCGAAGACGACCCAAACGCCACUCACAUUAUGAUCGCCACCGGCACUGGCGUGGCGCCUUACAGAGGCUACCUCCGACGUAUGUUCAUGGAGAACGUCCCAACAUUCAAGUUCGGAGGGCUAGCUUGGCUCUUCCUCGGAGUGGCCAACAGCGACAGCCUACUCUACGAUGAUGAGUUCUCCAAGUAUCUCAAGGACUAUCCCGACAACUUUAGGUUUGACCGUGCCCUCAGCAGAGAACAGAAGAACAAAAACGGAGGGAAGAUGUAUGUCCAGGACAAAAUCGAGGAGUACAGCGACGAGGUCUUCAAACUCUUGGACAAUGGGGCGCACAUCUACUUCUGUGGGCUGAAAGGGAUGAUGCCGGGGAUACAGGAGACCUUGAAGAAGGUGGCGGAGCAGCGGGGCGAAAGCUGGGAGGAGAAGCUCUCGCAGCUCAAGAAGAACAAGCAAUGGCAUGUUGAAGUCUACUGAGUGCCGAGAAAGGUUUUCCUCGUUUAGAUUAUCCUUCAUUUUUGUGGAAUAUUUGUUGCAUUCUUGAUUGGUAGUCAACAUGUUUAUGGAGAGAGGGGGAAAGAUGAAUCACCUCCAACAUAAUUCAUUAUCUUGAGUGUUUCAAAAUAUGCUGCAUCAUAUUUUAUCUUUUGUUCUUCCAUUUAUGGAAAUGUUCUUAGAUUGUUGUUGAUGAGUGCUGGAAAUAGAAUCGGAUCUGUUGUUAA